GCAUAAUCUUAUGCACACCCCGCUUUCGGAAACUAGCACCGCAUCAUGCGAGGGCUCCGGUGCGAUGUCUCUCAAAAUGCCACCGAUCAUGGACCGCUAUGGCAAUGCUGCCGACAUCGGGCACAAAUCCCGAAUGGAGGACACGUCCAUGUGCGUUCCCUUUAGUGGAGGGGGAGGUGCAUUUGGAGUUUUCGACGGCCACGGUGGUGCAGGUGCCGCAGAGUUUAUUAAGGAUUAUAUGAGGAAUGUGAUAUUGAAGUCACUCGACUCCUCACGAGACAAGGAAGAUACUCUCUCGAGGAGUUACUCACUCACUGAAGAGGCCCUAGAGAGGUUCCUCUGCGAGACUGAGAUGCCUAAGCUCAGGGCUUGUUUUGAUGACGACUUCGUUGAUGAUGAUGAUUACCCCUUGAUGACAUCGGGGAGUACCGCAUGUGUUUGCUUGGUCGACGAAUCUACUUCUCCGGGCUCUCUGGCGGUCGCUAAUGCGGGUGACUGUAGAGCCGUUCUAUGCCGUCGUGGGGAGGCUAUUAACUUGACCCGUGAUCACAACCUGAAGUCGUGUACUGAGGAUGAAAGGCGCCGCGUAGCGCCAUACCUGCCGGACGCUUCGAGCGAGUAUCUUGGUGGCCUCGCGGUUACUCGCUCCUUGGGUGAUCUACGGGCUUCCUCCGGCAGUAAGAACGCGGGACAGAUUGCCGAGCCCGAGAUCACUAGUAUGCCUCUCGAGAAGGAUGAUGAAUUCAUCAUCUUGGCCACCGAUGGCCUCUUUGACGUCCUCAGCUCCGAGACAGCGGUUGAGACUGUCCGCCGGCAUAUGUUGGGGAGUCAGUCUACCCCUGCCACUGCGGCCCGGUAUUUGAUCGACCGAGCCAUCGCCCGUCACGCCGCGGACAACAUUUGUGUGACCGUAGUUUACUUGCGUGACUGGGCUUCGUCGGCUCGGCCGAGUUCCACAGUGCAUAUCUCUGAACAGUUGACUGCAGAUGGAGAGGUUGAGAGGCGUGAUAGUAGCAGCAGCAGUAAUUAACGACGUUGUUCUGAUAGCUGCGCUCCACCGCCAUCACAAGGGUAUAUUACAUAGCUUCUCAUUUUUUCUCAUUGGGUAUUACUAUCUUUUGAGUGCUGAUCGAGUCCGUGAUUUUUGUAUGCAGCUUUCGAAGUGAUUCAGUCUUGCCACUCGAUUGCUGUUAUCGCCAUCCUGGAGGUUAUGUGUAGCGGCUUUACCGGUGAAGCUCGCUUCAUCCCAGUGGGCGUCUGAUAUACGUUUUUUAUCUACGAAGUGGUGGUUGUGGUGAUCCCCCAGUUGU